AUGGCGUGUGGAGGCCCUUCAAAGACACCUAAAGAAGCGACUGAGGAACUGACGGAAUUGGUCAGAAGAAUUCAAACAAUCGACGUAAACUCAAGGAAGAGAGUGCAUAACGGUGCCGAAGGAGCAUCUCUGGACAGUGAAACAUCUAUGAUGUCCGAAUUAAACCAACUUAAAGGGGUAAAGUCGCUUUCGAUUGAACAACGUCUUUGGUUGGCGAGAUUUCUAAAGGUGAUGCAAAGUGAAUUUGUAGCCGAGUCGGAAUUACGAGGUGCAGAAAGGGAGCUACGUCUAAAGAAGGUGCGCAUCGCGGAAAUCGGAGAAGAGUGUAUGCUUUUGGAGACUAACGCUAUAAAGCUGAAAGGUACAGAAGAUGAUUUGAGAGAGAAGAUUAUGAAAGAUCAACUUUUGCUGGAUCGAGCAAGGGAACUACAAAGAGAGGCUGACAACGCCUUGAAAGAGGCAUUUCAACGGGUACUAAUAAGUGAUGCUUGUUCGAUAAACGAGGCAUUAGGGUCAGGACGUUGGUAUCUUGCCAAUGACGUUUCCUUUACGGGACGUGAAGAAAAUGGUGUAACGACUCUGCGAUUCCGUGAUGCUGAAUUGGUGUUGGGACCUAGUGACGGUCUCCUACUAGCAUGGGUUCAAGAUAUGAACAAGGGGUUACUUCCUACGAGAAUUGCUGACCUUCCAGAUGAGACUACUCCAGAUACUUCUGCUAUAAGGAGAAGUAUUGAGGUACAGCCAGUGAUCGGCGAUGAUAAAGUCGUAAUGAAUUAUGCACAAAGUGAUGCUAGUUCUGUACGAACCGAAUUCGAGCUACUUUCGGAUGAUGUAAUUUGUAAAAUAUUCCUGAUGACAAAAUUCGUGCCCGAGAAUGAGAUGCAGUAUUUUCGAAAUGCGUCGCGCGCAAUGAAGAUUACGGAUCGUCUACUUGAUUUACUUGGGGACUGGAAAAUCCCUUUGCCCAUUCCUGGCUGUGUCUUCGAGGAUUUCAGAUUUGCUACGGAUGAUUAUGGAUUCACUGGGCCAUUACGUGAGAAUUCGGAUCUUCCCGCAAUUCUAAUUCUAAGUACAUCUAUGACGAGCGGAUGGGGACUUGGUGAAUGGGUCUUUCGAACAAGGAUUGCUGAUUUUCAAAAUAUGCGGCGACCUAUCCCAAACUUUGCCUAUUUGACAGCUGGGAUGAAAGUUGAAAUCAAUCAGGUGUCAAUUAGUGGAUGGUGUGCCGUGAUGCGGCGCAACAGUCUAUCCAUGAAAGCCUUGAGGGAUAUAAUAUUCAACGGGUUGCAUUUGGGACCAAGCUAUAAGUUUGCGCAGAUCUACUUGCGUAUCGGCACGAAUGAUGUGAAGGGCCUUUGCACCUUCAAGUACUAUGACGUCCGUUUUCCAACUUUUGAAGCAUUUUACAAGGAAUAUGAGCAAUUCAUGGGGAAUCUGGUUAAAUCCUUUGCUUGUAAUGUUUUCGCCUUGGGAGCAGCUCCACCCUCUGUAUCGCCAUUGUUGGAGAGUCCUACGAGUGUAGCGUUGGAUGCCGACCAGAAUGGAUUACCGUUAGUGCCUUUAAGGUGCUUGGACAAUGUUGACCUUGUGGAAGAAGAAGACAGAGAGAGAGCUGGUCGCAUUUAUCUGAAUGAAAUUUACAGGCGAUUAGCUGGUAUUGAUGGGGUCAUGAACGUUGUUGAUGCGGAAAGAAAUCUGGGAUGGAUUGCUCUGCCUACACCCAUUGAUGGGCUGAGGGCGUAUAGCAGUGGUCGUGGAAAGUUGUCAGAUUUUGGGCAUAUCACGCCUUCUGGUUACCUAAUUUUUGCUAAGUAUCACUGUAUUUCCAUAUGGCGUGGGAUUCGAAUGUUACCAGGCUAUGAAAAGGUAGUGGGACGGAUUUGCUCAGGACAAUAUCCGAGGUGGCUUGAUGAUGGAACAGUGGCAGUGGGAUUGGCACCUGAUAAUCUGCAUGAGCAUAGUGGAUCUUUUGGACCAGUGUCAGAUUGUGUUGGACCACUAGUUCCCACCGGGAAUAUUGAUCUUGCCAAGUUGCGAAAGUUCGACUUUGACGAAUGCUUCCUGACUGAUGCUGCUACGAGUAACGCCCGGAGUCGGUCAAAGAUUGAAGUUGGGGACAUAGUACGAAUUCGAAACGUGAAGGGGACCAGAAUCGUCGUAUCUUGA